AUGCAUGAGCCCCUGUGCAGGGUUUUGCCGGAUAACAGUAACUGCGGUGGCUACAGGGUCAUCUGUCCUGAGGGGGUGGUGGUCAACUUUGACUGCCCAGGGGACCUGAAGUUCAGGGCCGGGAAGAAAAUAUGUGACCUCCCUCAGAAUGUUGACUGUGGCCGGAGGCUUGACCAUGGCAAACUGUGCCAGAAACCGAGUGGAAAUUUUCCGGAGCCCGGCGACUGCAGCACCUUCCUCUCUUGCGAUGGGUAUAUGAUCCAAAGAGGGCGCCUGUGUCCUCCGGGACUUCUCUUCAAUCCUAAAGCUGGAGCCUGUGACUGGCCUGAUAAAGUGGACUGUCCGUACAGAUAAAUAUAUUACAUCAGCGCACCCGGGCGGAUCCAGGAGUUUUUUCUUUUUGAGAUCGAGGACACAAGUAACAAACUAUUUGCCUCGCUUAGCAGAUAUAAAACAACAGACGAGGCAAAUAUGUUGUUAUAGGAAGGGCACACUGGUCGAAAGACAGCUUUCUUUUUGGGGGGUGGGGGGAAAGGAAUGGCUUAAACGCUCUAGGGUCACGUGACCAAGAUGUGGCCUUCCCUGGAUCCGCCACUACAGUCAUAUUAAAAUGUGGAUGAAUUUUAAUUUUUGUUUUAAAACUUUGAUUUACUGCUGUUGUUCACUUUGUAAAAAAAUAUUGUUGAUGCCGAUGAACUCAUCGGUCGCUCAUCCAUUUUAAAACAUAUUUUGUCUCUGUAAAUCUUCAUUUUAUGAAAAGUACUAUUAUAUGAGGCGAAGUCUGCUCUUUUAUUUUUGUCAGGAAAAUCGAAACGUACAAACAUUGCUGUACUGCUGCAAUACAGGCUUCCACAUGCAAGUAUCGAAGGAUCUCUAAUAAUAUGUCACAUCUUUAACAGAAAAAUAAAGUAACUAAGAUUUAGUGAAAAGCAUACAUAAUUGUAUAUUCAAAUUAGGAUCUGUGGCAAAUGCCAAAUUGCUUACAAACAUUCCAUUUACAGAAAUUGGUUCCUAUAUUGGGUUUCAAAAUAAAUGGUUAUAUUUUAUCAA